AUGCUGCAGUGGUGGUUCCUCAGUGUAGCACUGCUACGACAUUUUCAACUAGAACGGCUGCAGAGUCCAUAUCAAGCGCUGCUGAAGCUGAAACAGAUGGACUUGGUAUGGGACUACAUUGAUCAGUUCGUGCUUCACACGUGGCCCCUUCACGGAAUUGCGCCGGAAUUGCUGAAGGACCUCUUCUUGAAUGGGCUAAAACUGGAAGUGGAAAAAGAAUGUAAACUGUUUCCAUACCAGUCAGUGGACGAGUUAAUAGAACUGGCACAAAAGGUAGAAAAUCAAAAUGCUACCUUGCGAGGGGUUUUGGGACGUAGUAAACCACUGGCUCCCAGCUUCGUCGUUGCUAAUUCAACUGCCACCAAAGUGGUGCACCCUGUUACAGCGUCCAACUCUGUGUCAAGCAACAGCGUGGAGUCGACAAUGGAUCCCUUGCGACGACAACGCGGAUUGAGACAUCUCAGCAACGAGGAGUAUAAGGCUUUGAGACAAUGGGGAGAACGCUUCCUCUGUGAUGAACCGUACACUGCAGAUCACAUUUGUAAGAAUAGGGAGUUCAAGCUUUUAAUCAUGGAGCCAGACUUUGAAGCGGAUUGGUUACAUCAAGAGGCGGUUCCGGAAACAGGGGAGCUGGGACAAUCGGAACUCAAAUUUAUGAGCUUGAAUGGACAUCACAAGUCAAUCAAAGCCUGGGCAGAGAUAAAUGGCCGCCGUGUAUGCGUUCUCAUAGAUUGUGGAGCUUCAGACAACUUUGCGGCACCAAAGAUCGUCAUCGAGUUGAGCCUAAGGAUUGACAACACCCCUAAGUUCCAGGUCAGGAUAGCGGACAACAACAAUAAAGGGGGACAAGGAAGGUCUAUGGGUGUCACUCUCCAAUUCAAGGAAUUGGCGAUCAAGGAAGACUUCUUCAUCUUCCCAACUGACGAAGCGAAGUUUGUCCUGGGGUUGGCAUGGCUAGAUAAGUUAGGAGACGUCAUCAUAAACGUCAAAAAAUCAUGCCUUCGAUUUCGGAAUGAGAACAACAUUGUUACUUUGCAGGGGGACCCAAAGCUAUGCUAUGGAGGCAUGCACCUUCAAUCUGCAAUUUUGUCCAUUCAAGAAGGGGGAGAGGGAUUUAUGGUCCAACUGUGGUCUAUGACUUUGCAAGCGGCCGCUGUUUUGCAGGUGCCGCAGGUGGUGUUAACUUCUCAUGCUAAGGUGUUUCAGACGUUACCAGAGUUGCCACCACACUAUUGCCAUGAUCAUGCCAUUCCACUGAGAGAAGGAGCCGCAGCCCCGAAUAUAAGACCUUAUUGUUAUCCGCACCAUCAUAAAUCAGUGAUUGAACAAAUGGUACGAGAAAUGCUGGCCUCAGGGAUAAUUCGGCCAAGCUCUAGCCCCUCUACUAGCUUGAUAUUGUUGGCGAAGAAAAAUGACGGCAGCUGGAUAUUUUGUGUCGAUUAUAGGGCGUUAAAUGGUAUUACGGUGCCGGAUAAAUUCUCUAUCCCCGUCAUUGAUGAGCUACUCGAUGAAUUGGCAGGAGUUGCAGUUUUCUCUAAAUUGGACUUAAAAUCGAGGUACCAUCAAAUUCGGAUGAGGGAUCAAGACAUCCACAAGAGUACCUUCCGCAUUCAUGAUGGCCAUUAUGAGUUCCUAGUCAUGCCCUUCGACUUGACCAAUGCCCUAGCUCCUUCCAAACCUUGA